AUGGCUGGUCGGAUAAAUGGAGCUGCUGCACUGAGCACCAGGGAUCACGAAAAAAUAAUAUACGUCCAUUGUAUGUGCCAUCGGCUAAAUUUAUGUGUCGCAGAUUCAUGUGCAAUUGAAAUUGUCCGAGAUAUGAUGACAACGGUCAGAAAGAUUUCUCAAUUCUUUGGAAAUUCUCCUAAACGGCAACAGCAUUUAGAGGAGAAAAUUAAAGAACAUUUGUCUGACAAUAAUCACACUGUUCUAAAGAAUGYUUGCAGAACUCGGUGGGUAGCAAGAAUCGAUGGAAUGGAUAGGAUUGUAGAAAUGCUUGUUCCUGUGACAGAUACCCUGGAGGACAUUGCACUAAAUAGAGAUGGGAAUGGGAAUAGAGGACAUGGAGAUUGGAACAUUGAUAGCAGAAAUGACGCUCAAGCAUUAUUAAAUGCCAUCUCUUUUACGUUUAUUGUAGCAAUUGUAAUUGUUAGGCACAUCCUUGAUUUAACUAGACCGCUAACUCUUAAAUUACAGAGAAAAGAGAUUGACCUUGUAAAAGCAAGAGAAGAGAUUACUUUGCUGAAAAAUGCAGUUGGARAUAUGAGAAGGGACAUUGAUAUUAGACAUCAGAAUCUCUACACUGAAGCAGUAACACUUGCUGGCCAAAUUGGUGUCCAGCCCUCCAUGCCCAGAAUAGUGCAGAGACAAAGAAACAGAGCUAAUGCACCAGCUGCUAAUCCCUUAGAAUAUUACAAACGCAAUUUAACGACACCUUUCUUAGAUCAUUGUUGUCAGCAUAUUGACACAAGAUUUCAAGAGGAGGUCUACACUUGUUAUAAAGGAYUUUAUGUCACACCUUCUAUAAUGCUAGAUAAUUUAGAUUCAUGGAAAGCUAAUGUUAUGGRAUUUUGCAAUGGAUAUCGACAAGAUCUACCUAACAUUGCUGGACUGGAUGCUGAGCUAAUAAUGWGGGAAAGGUUAWGGAGAAACCAKCAAAAUAGAGGUGGGAACAUUCCUGACAGAAUUGCAAAAGCUUUAGAGGUUGUUGAUCACCAGGCAUAUAGUAAUAUUUUUACUAUUUUGAAGCUUCUUACUACAAUCCCUAUCUCAUCAGCCACAUGUGAGAGAUCAAUUUCAACACUGAGAUAUUUGAAAACAUAUCUCCGAAGUACUAUGGCUCAAGACAGGUUGAAUGGACUUGCAUUAAUAUAUGUGAUAAAUUCAAGACCCAAAAUUGGAAAACGAAAAAUCCAAGAAGAGGGAAAUAUCAAGCAGGAGAGCAGUGAUGAUGACUAUAGGGAUGUGGGUUAUCAUCAUGAAAAUAGAGAGAUACCCUUCCUCGAACUAGGAAAAGUCUCCUAUUCAUCUACAGAAGUAGCUAUAAUUCUUCUCGAAGCUUUGCAGCUUGUCGCAGCAUAUAACGUUUGUACAAUAGUCCCAUGCGACAUAGAUUGUAGUUCAAGCUAA